UUUUCUAGUGUGAAUCUGUGCCGCGCGGACCCCCUUUCUCCAUCCUCAGAGUGUGGGGGUCACCAAGGACCGUAAAUCCCAGCACCCGGCCCUACGCUCCCAGUAAAUCCAGACGUCGCCGUUACAGGUCGGGCAUGUUUUCCUUUGGGUUUGAAUUCGCUCCGAGGCCGGUCCCGGUGCCCUUGGCUUUUCUGCCUUCGGUCCAGGUCAACCUCUAAAGACUCAACGUUGUCUGAGGAAGAAGCCCUGAAGAGGAGGGAGAGGAAAGACAAGGAGUCAGGAAUGGCUCUUUCUCAGGCACAGUUGACCUUCAAGGAUGUGGCCAUAGAAUUCUCUCAGGAGGAGUGGGAAUGCCUGGACCCUGCUCAGAGGGCCUUGUACAGGGACGUGAUGUUGGAGACCUACAGGAACCUGGUCUCCCUGGUCACCUCAGUUCUCAGUUGAACAAGAGACCAGGAUUCUGGAAAAGCCACAGCAAAUCAUGUUUCCUUCCUCUUAUGUGGAGGAAUUUCUGUUUCUUAUCUGAAUAUUUUACCCACUUUGUAACAAGAGAAAGUGCCCUGGACUGUGAAGAGUGAUCUGAAUACCUUUGGGGAUGUAUCAAAGUGUGAACACAGAUAUCUCUCACGUACAUGUGAUCAAGAAAUUACAACUAAAUGCAAACACUGAUAGAGCAGAAGUAUUCCAAACACUGAUAUUGGGA